AGUGCUUGUUGAGCGACGGCAGCAACCGGCGUACACAAGGGGCUUGAGCAUCCUGUGGAGAGCGCGGGAGGUCAGGCCAUGAACUUGGGAGAUGGUUUAAAGCUUGAAACGGAGUUAUUGAAUGGAAAAACCAAGCUUAUAUUGUCUCCAUAUGACCAUAAAUCAAAAAUUUCUGGAAAGAUGGGAAGUAAGACCAAGAUUGCAAAAUAUCCCUUACGAACUAAAACUGGAUACAUUCUAAAAUCACAAAAUACUUGUGUCAGGAGUGAAAAAUUUUUGCAAAAGAAGAGAAUUGGUUCAGAAACUUCACUGCUAAAAGGUCAGUAUAGUCUAAAUUUAAACAAUAUUCCUGAUCAGCCAAAGGAUGAGAACAUCAUGGGACUUCUCCAAAAAACUGAGACUGUUUCAUCUAUUCAGGAUGAAAGCAAAUCUGUUUUAAAUAAAAAUCAGGUGACAUCUAAUCAGAGUGAGCAGAAAAUUUCCACAGAGAAUGUAUGGAAACCAGCUGACAUAUUCAGUACUCUGGGAGAAAGAGAACGUGAUAGAAGUUUGUUGGAAGCAAAAAAAGCCCAGUGGAGGAAAGAGCUUGAUGAACAGGUUGCUUUAAAGAAGAAAGAAAAAGAAGCUUCUGAAAAAUGGAAUAAUCCAUGGAAAAAAUCUGAAAGUGAUAAAAUAGAAUGGGAAAAACUUCAAAUUCUGGAUCAUUCUAAGACUUCUGCCUGCUCUUCUAGCAUUCUGUCACAGUCUCCUAGUCAGGUAAUGGCGAUCCAUGCUGAUGGGCCCUCACUGCCUCGAGCUAGUCAGAUUUCACAGGAAGCAGUACUGCUGGCGCACCCUUUCAGUGCUGUGAAACAAGAACAGCAGAGAAAAUGGAUUGAAGAGUUGAACAAACAAAUAGAAGAUGACCGGCAAAAAAAAGCAGAGGAGAAAAUUAUAUCCUCAAUGGGUGAGGAACAUGACAGAUGGGCGAUGCAUUUUGAUUCCUUAAAGAACUAUCCCGGUUCUCAGUCUCGACUAUCCUCUCAGUCAGUGCAAAAACAACCAGAGUACUUCUGUGUCUCUCCGGACACUCAGGAGCUGGCUGAUAUCAGCAGUCUGUAUACACCUACAGUUGGAAGCCAGAUUGAACCUUCAGAGGAGGAACAUACAGUGAAACCUUUUAGAGAUACAGCUGUGGCAAACAUUCAGAAAACGAACUUUCUCCGUUCUAUGACUGCUCUUUUGGACCCAGCUCAGAUUGAAGAACGAGACAGGAGGCGACAAAAGCAGUUAGAACAUCAGAAAGCUAUCACUGCUCAAGUAGAAGAGAAGCGCAAGAAAAAGCAGCUCGAAGAAGAGCAGAGAAAGAAGGAGGAGCAAGAGGAGGAGCGCCGCUUAGCCCGGGAACGAGAACAGAUGCAGAGACAGUAUGAAGAAGACAUACUUAAGCAAAAACAAAAGGAAGAAAUGAUGACUCUGCAGACGAAUAAGCUGUUCCAGACGAUGCAGAGAGCGCAGGAGCUGGCCCAGAGACUGAAACAAGAGCAGAGAAUCCGAGAAUUGGCUCAGAAGGGACAUGACCCUUCUAGAUUGAUUCAAAAUCUAGGCAUUGAUAGAAUACAAGUGGAAUAUAAUGCCUCUACUAACAACACUGCAAACUCAAGACAUGGCUUGGAUAAAGUGAGCAGUAAAAUGGAUACAUGUAUCAACUCUACAGCCUCUCCCAGGAAGGACACUGCUGUGCAGACAGAUGACUUAAGUAUAGGAAUAUUUACCAAUACAGAAUCACGCUGUGGAUCAGUAUCAGAGAGGGAAAUUAUAAAUUGUUCAUCCCCUGAGAUUGCUGCAGAAUUUAAUGAACAGUUUAACACUAAGAAUAACAAUCAAGAACUAGUAAGUCCGAUUAAAGGAGCCAACUUAGAAAAAGAAAACAGCUGGUAUAAUGACCAGUGUAAUCAGACCACAAGAACAGAGAAGCAAACAAAACAUAUGAAGAAAUGUCCUAAAAGACCUGACUGGAACAUAAAUAAGCCACUCAGAAGGUAUAUUCCAGCGUCAGAAAAGUACCCUAAACAACUUCAAAAGCUGAGAGAAGAAAAAAAGGUAAGAAGGCAGAUGGAACUGCUUCAUUUGAUUGAAAGAAGUAAUCCUGGACAAAUCUCUCAAAAUAGAGGCACUUCACCAGAAGUUCUUGAUUCAUCUCAAGAAACUGAGCCAAGUUUCAGGCGGCAGCUAGUCAGAAAGGAAGAAGAACCUCUGAGAACUAAUUGUUUUAGCAAGGAAAGGUCUCAGUCGCCACCAAUUCUGGCAGUGAAAAGCAGAACGCAACAAACUCAGACACUAAAAAAUAGUAAUUAUGAAAGAGAGAAUCUGAUCUCAGGACAUAGUCAAACAGAAUUAUCACCUGGGAUUUCUGAUCCAUUUCAUUUUAUUCCGUAUGUCCGAACCAACGAGGUCUAUUACCUGGAUCCAGAUGCACCGCUGUCUAGGCCUGUAACCCAGGAUCCUCACUACGAAAACGCACAUGACCAAGAACAAGAGCUGUUUGCCUCUGACCAUCUCAGGGACCCACUUCUUAAUCCUAACUUGGUGAAAAACAGGGAUCGACAACAAGCAAUCCUUAAGGGACUAUCAGAUCUGAGACAGGUACGAGCCUUUCAAAAGUGUAGGUGUGACCAUAUUCUGGUGGAGGACUCUGAUAGAAUGGCUAAGCAGUUACUUAAGCCUAACUGAUGGAUUACAUGACUUAGGUCAUCUCUUUUCUUCUAUUUGAUUCACAUUGUCAUCUCUUAGAGUAUUUCUUUCCAGCAUGAAAUCAUGAGACGUGAGUAUUAAAACAAUUUUAUUGAAUGAAAAUGCAUACAUUUGAAAUGGCAAAGCAUGAUCAAUAAGGCCUGAAAACCAAAGGCAGAAAAUAAGUACAGUUGUGGUUUAAUUCUUAGUAAUGCAGUUCACAGUUUUUAAAAAUGAAUGUAUUGGCUGUGUUUAGAACAGAGCAUUGACAUAAGACCCAAAGAGCACUAUAUACUCAGUGUGAAAUUACAUGUAUUGUCUUACCAGACUUUUUCUCCCAGACCAACUGUGACUCAUUACCUUUCUCAGCUAAAAAAUCCAAUAUUUAAGUCUAUAUAACUUUUCUCUAUCAGGUAGCCUUGAAGAAACACCUGUUGCUGUGCUUUAAAAAAUAAUGACAUACAAAACUGCGUUUGCAGUUAGUUCUGAUUCACAGUAUACUUUCCCCAAAUAAACUGUAGUUUUAGGAGUACCUUUUCCGUGUCCAGUCAUUUACAAAUGCCUCAUCUAUUUUAAGUUGUUGAUUCAAGUGUUUGUUAACAUUUUUUUUUUCUAUAAAGCUAGAAAAUCACCCCCACUAAUACAGGAUUAUCAAGAAUCCUUUAGCUUUUUUUACACGUUAGCAUUGGUUACACCUGGAUUGAGUUUUGUAACUCAAGCUCGGUAAUUCACACAGAUUUUACUUACAUUACCUUUUAAAAUGACAAGCAUACUCUAGAGGAGACAAAUAGUUGUGAGGUUAAGAGAAAGAAUGUAAUAUACAUACACCUUCACCUAUAUAGUGACCAUGUCUUAUUUCAGCAGGGCCUUGUGCUAGCCACUAAGGUUAAUGCAGUCAGCACAUACACUGGAUGUUAAGGGAGACUCAUGAUCUUUUUAAGACAUUUGAGGAAAAGGUAAGGGGUGGCGCCUCUUUAAGGAAGGCCAUCUCUAUUGGUUUUACGCUAAAAAUAUGAAGACAGUGUUACAAAUCUAUAAUAGUUCUAUCUAUCUAUAUAGUAAGUACAGUAUCCGAGUGAGAAAGUCUGGUAUAAAAAUUGAAAACAUGUUUUCAAAGUAAAUAUAGAAUAGGGUUAAUUUGCACACCUUACUAACAAAUCAAUGUGAUUUCAGGGCCUUCUCCAGAAGCAAAGGGAGUUGGAAACUAAUCUCAUGCCUUUAGCUGCAAAUCAAGAAGAGAAUUUUAGUUCUUCGUUUUAAAUGUAGAAAAUUAAAUCCUUCAUUUGUGUUCCAAAUUAUAAAAUGUGGUUGUUGCUUAACUGUUUUUACAGGUAGCCUAAAUUUAUUUUUUAAAUGCUUAUUUAAAACUUGUACAUAAUGUAGAAAAAUGCUGUGUAUGUAUAUUAUGUAUUUAAAACAAUAAAACAGUUUCAUAAAAGCUCA